AUUAUCAGUUUUAGGAAUUAAAGCACCAAACCAUUCGGAUCUCAAGUGUUCUGGCGAAAGGGUCUCGAGAUCCUAAUAUCGUAGUAUUUUUGUAAUAAAAAUAAAAUAAAGUCCGCCAUGGGUGAUCAAGAACGGGGUCGUCGCCGUCCCUUAAAUGAUUCCGACAUUAGUCCUGAAUCGGUACAACAGCCGCGCCCCAAGAUAUUUCGUGGGGAUGGUUUUAAAUCAGAUGAUAGAGAUAGAUCGGAGGCUUCGUCCUCGCGUGGGACUUCUAGGUCCCAUGCACCCUCAACAUCUCAUGCAGCAUCGACAUCCUACGCAGCUACGACAUUACAUGCAGCGUCGACAUCCCACGCAGCUAGCGCAUCCCGUGGCUCUCGUGAUCUGGUCGGACCUACAUCAUCUCACCCUAGUGGACCUGGCGGACACAAAUCCGAUCGCAGACCCAUUGAUCGUUUUGAAAUUGUUAAUACAAGACCAGCCGAUGUGGUCACAAAACAAGGCUCAGAUGGCAAGCAAAUUAAGUUGCUAUCAAACUAUUUCCGUUUGAAUACGAAGCCACAAUGGCGCAUUGUUCACUAUCAUGUGGAUUUUGCUCCAGAGAUCGAGCUAGUGCGUGUGCGCUGCGGCGUGCUAUCCGAACAUGCAAAAAGCUUUGGUACAGGCUACCUAUUUGAUGGUAAUCAGCUCUUUACCACCAAGAAAUUCGACAAAGAUGUUACUGUGCUGCAGGCCACUUCAAAGCAGGGUGUCAAUUACACAAUUACCAUCAAGUGCGUGGGUUAUAUAUCGACGGCUGAGCCACGAUUUCUACAAGUCUUAAAUUUGAUAUUGCGUCGCUCAAUGAAGGGUCUCAAUUUGGAGCAAGUCGGACGCAAUCUCUUUGAUCCCCAUGCACGAGUUUCUUUGGGUGAGUUCUCGAUUGAACUUUGGCCUGGAUACGAAACCUCAAUUCGACAGCACGAGAAGGACAUCUUAGUUUGCGCCGAGAUUACACAUAAGGUAAUGCGCAGAGAAACCGUUUACGAUAUACUACGCCGGACAUCGAGCAAACCUGAACGGCAUCAGGAAGAGUUUCGCCUGAAUGUACUUGGAUUAAUAGUUCUCACGGACUAUAAUAAUAAAACUUAUCGCAUUAACGAUGUCGACUUUACACAAACUCCACGUGCCACAUUUAGCUGCAAGGGAAAUGAUGUUAGUUUUAUAGAAUACUAUCUAAAGAAAUACAAUAUUCGCAUAAGGGAUCACGAUCAGCCCCUGCUAAUAUCUAAAAAUAGGGACAAAGCUCAAAAAAGUAACGCCAAUGAAAUUGUAAUCCUUAUUCCCGAGCUCUGUCGCGUUACUGGACUCACGGAUAAUAUGCGUUCCAAUAAUAAUCUCAUGCGUGCUAUGUCGAAUCAUACACGAAUGAAUCCCGAAAGACGUAUUGAACGUUUGAAAACGUUCAACAGAAGAUUGCAUACAACAGCGGAAAGUGUGAAGGUGUUGACCGAUUGGAAUAUGAAACUGGAUGAAAAACUUAUCGAAGUCCAAGGGCGUGUACUUUUACCACAAAAGAUUGUAUUCAAUGAUAAUGCACGAUUAUCUGCUGGAGACUCUGCUGACUGGACUCGGCACUUUCGUAAUCAACGGAUGUUGACAACGCCUAGAAGUGGGUUGGAUCGAUGGGCUGUAAUUGCACCGAAACGUUGUUCAUCUGAAUUGAGAACUCUGCUAUCAAAUCUGAAUCGUGCUGCAAUGGGGAUGGGCUUUCAUAUUAGUUGUCCUAGAGAAGUUAUGAUCUAUGAUGAUCGCACAAGCAGCUAUAUUCAAGCUCUGGACGAUUGUGCGACAAAAGAUCCAAAACUAAUUCUAUGUUUUGUUCCAAGCGACAGUCCUGAAAGGUACUCAGCGAUAAAGAAGAGAGGCUGUGUAGAUAGGGCUGUACCCACACAAGUCGUAACCAAGAGGUGUAACAAAAAUGGCUUGAGUGUAGCCACCAAAAUUGCAAUACAAAUGAAUUGCAAAAUCGGCUAUACCCCUUGGAUGAUCGAGCUGCCUUUGUCGGGCUUAAUGACGAUGGGAUUUGAUAUAGCCAAAUGCUCGAGCAAUCGGAACAAAGCAUAUGGAGCAUUGGUGGCCUCAAUGGAUUUACAGCGAAAUGCGACUUUCUUUAGCACAGUCGCUGAGUGCAGUGCCUAUGAUGUUCUGGCCAAUAAUUUGUGGCCAAUGAUAUUGAAAGCUUUGAGGCAAUAUCAACUGGAGCAUCAGAAAUUACCCAAUCGUAUUGUGUUUUAUCGCGAUGGGGUUAGUUCGGGAUCCUUGAGACAAUUAUUCGAGUAUGAGGUCAAAGAUGUUGUCGAGAAGCUUAACCUUGAAUACAAGAAGGUGUCAUCAACUCCUCCGAUGCUCGCAUACAUUGUGGUCACAAAAUCAUCCAAUACACGAUUCUUCCUCGACAAUAGAAGCAAUCCACCACCAGGGACUGUCGUUGACGACGUGGUCACGUUGCCCGAACGUUAUGAUUUUUACCUUGUGUCGCAGACGGUGCGUCAGGGCACAGUGUCGCCAACUAAUUACAAUGUACUAUAUAGCAACAUUGGCCUUAGUCCCGAUAAGGUGCAAAAGCUAACGUACAAAAUGUGCCAUUUGUACUACAACUGGUCGGGCACCACUCGGGUGCCAGCUGUUUGCCAAUAUGCUAAGAAACUGGCUACGCUUGUUGGUUCUCAUCUGCAUGCUAUACCGCAGAAUGCACUAGAGAAGAAAUUCUACUAUCUUUAACUUUCAUUAUGUUAACCAGCAUUGAAUUAUUAGAGGUAAUGUUGUGUUUAAGUCCUACUAAUUUUUUAAUUUCUAUUACGAUUUUUAUCAAGAAUUGAUACUUAAAUUGUAUUUUUGAAAAGUUUAUGUUCAAAUUAUUGUUUCAAAUUAAGUUUAUUCAUCCAAGGAUGUUACUAACACUCCAUCAAGAACACAUCUAAUUAUUCAGACAUUUAAGUGAAUACAAUAAAUUGAAAUUGAGCAAACGAAA